GGCAGGAGCCAGGUUCUUCACGUCUCUGGAGAAAGUGACUCCUCUGCUCCGGCGAAAGUGACUCCUCUGCUCCAGCAGCUUCUUCUUCUCUGCUCCUGUAAUGGAAACACUGGGAACGCCGGCGUCUUGACGGCGCGCAGCGGCGGUGACUCGCAGUUCUCCUGUGGACACGAGCCGGGCGCCUCCUCUGACCCAGCGCCAUGCUAAAGCAACACGUGCACGACGCCACGGAGCACACGCCAGUGGGAAAGCUUUGGAAAAAGUUGGUGGAGAAUAUACGGUUUCAGCACUGAUGUCGGAUCUUUUUUUAUUUUUUAUUUUUAAAUUUUGACCUAGAUAUUGUGUGACGCCGCUCUGAGGAGAAGCUCUUUACUUCAGAGCUGCUUCUCUGGAUUUUUAUCGUUUUUAAUUUUGCAGCAGAACCGAAUGCUUUAAGACUCAGAUCAUGGAUGUUGUUGACGUUUCCUGGAGACAUGUGGAGUGAAACGAGGGGAGCCCCCUGAAGAGGAGGAGUGAAACGAGGGGAGCCCCCCUGAAGAGGAGGAACCAGCGGCGUUCGUUCAAAAUGGCCCAAACCAGUUUGCUGCAAGGGAAGCGCUUUUACUGCCGGGAGUGGGUCUUCCAUAAGAUCCAGCACUGUCUUCAGGAGAAGACCAACAGCCUGAGCGGGGCGGGCGGCGCUCCCGGCCAGCCGGCCCCGCCCCCGCCGCCCGUCCCCGGCGCGCCCCCCGCGGGGUCCGUGAAGUCCGGCGGCUCGUGGGGCGUGCUGCUGGUGGGCGGGCCGGGCAGCGGGAAGACGGCGCUGUGCAGCGAGCUGCUGUGGCCCACCUCGGCCCAGAGGAYGCAGCGCGGCCUGCACCAGCAGAGCCUGGCCUUCCACUUCUGCCGGGCCGAMGACUCGGACACGCUCUGCGUCGGAGGCUUCAUCCGCGGCCUGGUGGCCCAGAUCCGCCGCGGAGGCCUGGUGCCCGGGUACGAAGACAAGGUGAACAACGCAGCCGUGCAGAGCAGCCUGCAGCCCGGAGAGUGUGAGAGGAACCCCACCGAGGCCUUCAAGAAGUGUGUCCUGCUGCCUCUCCUGAGCGUGAAGCCUCCUCAGCGYGCUCUCUUCCUGCUCGUGGACUCCAUCGAUGAGGGCUGCCAGCUGGGCGAGGCGGAGCACAGGUCCUCCCCGGGCUCCCCCAGGACCAUCGCCGAGCUUCUGGCCAGCCACCACGAGUUCCUGCCCCCCUGGCUGCUCCUCGUCUGCUCCGCCCGCCGGCAGAACAAGGCCAUCACCAAACUCUUCACAGGAUUCCGCAAAAUCAGCCUGGACGACCUGCGGAAGGCCUACAUCGUCAAGGACGUGCAGCAGUACAUCCUCCACCGGCUGGACCAGGAGGAGGCCCUGAGGCAGCACCUGACCAAGGAGACGGCCGAGAUGCUGAACCAGCUCCACAUCAAGAGCAGCGGCUGCUUCCUGUACCUGGAGCGGGUCCUGGAUGGCGUGGUGGAGAACUUCAUCAUGCUGCGCGAGAUCCGCGACAUCCCGGGGACUCUGAACGGCCUCUAUCUGUGGCUCUGCCAGAGGCUGUUCGUCAGGAAACAGUUCGCCAAAGUCCAGCCCAUCCUCAACGUGAUCCUGGCGACCUGUAGGCCGCUCACGGUCAAAGAACUGUACCACGCAGUCUGGACUAAGAACAUGACCCUGACCAUGGAGGAGUUCCAGAAGAAGAUGGACAUUCUGGCCAAGCUGUUGGUCGAUGGUCUGGGGAGUACCAAAAUCCUUUUCCACUACAGCUUUGCGGAAUGGUUGCUGGACGUGAAGCACUGCACCCAGAAGUAUCUGUGCAACGCAGCCGAAGGACACCGGAUGUUGGCCAUGAGCUACACCUGCAAAGCCAAGCAGCUGAAGCCCCUGGAGGUGCAGGAGUUCGCCCUUCACCUCGUUAACUCCAACCUGCAGAUCGAGCCAUUCAACCUGGCUCUCUGGAUGGUCUGGAACGGGACGCCCACCAAAGACUCUCUGAGCUCCUCCAUACCGAAAGAGCAGGAGGUCCUACAGCUCCUGGUCAAGGCCGGUGCUCACGUCAACAACGAGGACGACCACGCUUCGUGCAUCGUCCAGCAGGCUCUGGAAAGAGAGGAAUCCAUACGAACGCUGCUGGACAACGGGGCGUCGGUGAACCAGUGCGACUCCAGCGGGAGGACCCUGCUGGCCAACGCCGCGUACAGCGGGAACCUGGACGUGGUCAAUCUGCUCAUAACCAGAGGUGCAAACAUGGAGCUGGAGGACAACCACGGACAGACGGCGCUGACCCUGGCUGCACGGCAGGGUCACACCAAAGUGGUCAACUGCCUGAUAGGCUGCGAGGCGGACAUCAACCACACGGAUCAUGACGGGUGGACGGCACUCCGCUCGGCAGCGUGGGGCGGACAUUCGGAGGUCGUGUCUGCUCUGCUUUACGCCGGAGCCAAAGUGGACUGCGCCGACGCCGACGGUAGAACUGCUCUGAGGGCUGCUGCUUGGGGGGGCCACGAAGACAUCGUCCUAAACCUCCUUCAGCAUGGAGCCAAAGUCAACAAAGCAGACAACGAAGGACGAACGGCGCUCAUCGCCGCGGCGUACAUGGGCCACCGAGAAAUCGUGGAGCACCUCCUCGACCACGGCGCUGAAGUCAACCACGAAGACGUUGACGGGAGGACGGCCCUGUCGGUGGCCGCGCUCUGUAUUCCUGCCAGCAAAGGUCACGCAUCGGUUGUGAGCCUCCUGAUCGACCGGGGCGCCGAGGUCGACCACUGCGACAAAGACUGCAUGACUCCUCUUCUUGUUGCCGGCUACGAAGGACACGUGGACGUAGUCGAUCUGCUCCUGGAAGGCGGCGCCGACGUAGAUCACACCGACAACAACGGGCGCACCCCCCUCCUGGCAGCUGCAUCGAUGGGCCACGCAUCCGUAGUGAACACGUUGCUUUUCUGGGGUGCCGCGGUCGAUAGCAUCGACAGCGAGGGCCGUACCGUGCUGAGCAUCGCCUCCGCUCAGGGAAAUGUGGAGGUGGUCCGGACUCUGCUGGACAGAGGUCUGGACGAAAACCACAGGGACGACGCAGGCUGGACCCCGCUGCACAUGGCGGCCUUCGAGGGCCAUCGCCAAGUGUGCGACGCCCUGAUCGAACAGGGCGCUCGAUGCUCAGAGGUGGAUAACGACGGCAGAAUCCCACUGAUACUGUCUGCACAGGAGGGACAUUACGACUGUGUCCAGAUCCUCCUGGAAAACAAAUCCUGCAUCGACCAGCGGGGCUAUGAUGGCAGGAAUGCCCUCAGGGUGGCGGCACUGGAAGGUCACAGGGACAUUGUUGAACUGCUAUUGAGCCACGGCGCCGACAUCGAUCACAAAGACGCUGACGGUCGCCCCACCCUCUACAUCCUAGCGCUCGAAAAUCAGCUGGCCAUGACGGAGUACUUCCUGGAAAAUGGUGCAAACGUGGAAGCUUGUGACAUCGAGGGCAGGACGGCGCUCCACGUGUCCUGCUGGCAGGGACACAUGGAGAUGGCAAGGCUGCUGAUCAACUACCACGCCGACGUGAACGCCUGCGACAACGAGAAGCGCUCCGCCCUCCAGUCGGCAGCGUGGCAAGGCCACACGAAGGUCGUGCAGUUCUUGAUGGAGAACGGCGCCCACGUGGACCACACCUGCAACCAGGGAGCGACGGCGCUGGGGAUAGCGGCGCAGGAGGGUCACAUCGAGGUUGUGCAGAUCCUUCUGGAAAACGGCGCCGACCCCAACCACGCCGAUCAGUUCGGACGCACGGCGGUGAGAGUAGCAGCUAAAGGCGGCCACUCCACCAUCCUGAAACUCCUGGAGAAGUACGGCGCUACGACUCUGAACGGGUGUAACCCCUCGCCCGUCCACACUAUGGAGGACAAAACACCGUUAGCCGUUUCUGGCAAGAUGCAGUCCCUCACCAUCAAGUCCAGCAGUUCUGGCAGCACGGGGGCAGGAGACCUGCAGUCCUCUGGACGCGGUCUCCCUAAUGGACCCGUCCACGCUUUCAGCUCUCCGUCAGAGUCCCCCGAUUCCACGGUGGACCGGCAGAAAUCCUCCCAGUCAAACAACUCCCUGAAGAGCUCUAAGAACUCGUCCCUCAGGACCACGUCGUCCACGGCCACGGCUCAGACGGUGCCGAUCGACAGCUUCCACGGGAUGAGCUUCACGGAACAGAUCCAGCAGCACUCCCUGCCCCGCAGCCGCAGCAGGCAGUCCAUUGUGUCUCCUUCGUCCACCACAAAGUCCAACAGCCAGCAGCCGUCAUCUCCGUCCAACGACUUGGACUGGUCUCAGCUGAAACCGGGCUCCAAGCAGCCGAAGGUGACAAAAACAGGAAACGGGACUUCGAAUGGCAAAGGAGACAAGAAGAAGGUGAAAAACAGCCAAGCUCAAGUUCUGGAGUACGAAAUGACCCAGUUGGACAAGAGAAUGGCCUUCAACAAGUCCGUGGCCAACAUCGCCGUGAAGGACCCUCACUGCAAGAUCGUGAUCGGGGGUCCGGUCCAGCAGGACAGGGCGCCGUGCCAAGACCAGUUCUUCAUCCAGCAGCAGAGCUGCGCCGAGAAGAAACGCAACGGCAUCAUGACCAACCCCAACUACCACCUGCAGAGCAACCAGGUGUUCCUGGGACGGGUGUCGGUCCCCAGAACUGUUCAGAACCGGGGCCACCAGGACGUGAUGGGGGACUAUCCCAUCGGGGAAACAGAACUGAGCCUUAAACAAGCCCUGAAACUGCAGAUCGAAGGGUCCGACCCGGGCUUCAACUACAAGAAGGAGACUCCGUUAUAGCUGGUGAUGAAACUGUUACCUGUCAGAACAAACUCACCUUAUCAGAACCAGAACCAGAACCAUCAAUCUGCAUGAAGAAACAAAGGAAAAAACCCAARUCAGCUGCAGACUGUUGCAGCUGUUCUUCAUGCAGACAUCAGAGACCACGUGCCAAAGUUCCACCUGCAGACAAACAGAGCUGGUCUGAACCAUUCGUUGUGCCUACAUCUGUUACAGCCUCUGUUUGUUCCUUUAUUUAAUGCUUUCAUUAAAUCGUCUCGACGCACUUUUUAAACRAAUACAUUUUACAUUUACUCUGUCAUUUAGUUUCCAAACAUAUCAGAUUUUACAGCCGCAGAUCUGAAAAUGUGACGACGUGUAAAAUAUAAAUUCUCCCAGACUUUUCUGUUUCAAUUCAUAUUUUACUCAUCAGAACAGUUUUUAUUUUACAGUUUGUUCCGUUCGAACCGACUGCGACGCAUCGGAGGAUUACAUGUCAAGAAAAAAGACGGAUAUUCUGCCUUUUUAGAGACCCCAAAUAAUCUGUGUUCAGCUUGGAUUACUCUGUUACAUUAGCUUCACAGGUAUAAAAAAAAACAAAAACAAACGUAUUUAUUUUGUUGGGGAAAAAAGCCACUUUUGUGUUUUUUUAUUUUAUUUUUUGUGUUCUACAUGGUGCUGUGUUCAGUCGACGCCUGCGAGCUUUUAUUUUUACAAACUGCUUCCUGUUUGUUUAUUAUGGCAAACAUCUGAGGAGGAGGAGGAGCUUAAUUGACGAUGUAAAAACAAAAAGUUAAUUUCGUCCCCAUGGGACUUUUCAGUUUGUGUAUCGUGUGUGUGUUCAAGAAUAUUUAAGUACGCUUUGUGUUCCGUCAGCAGAAGUUCGGUGCUAAAUUCAGCUUUUUUUUAAAUAGCUUUUUACAGUAAAGAGAGCCCAGGAUUUGUCACAUUUUUGUUUCUUCUGCUGGAUUUUUCAGGGGCGACAGGAAAAAGAGUUUAGCCAUCAAGACGACUUUGCGAUUAUAUAUUAUUAUAUAUUAUUAUUUGUUAACGCAGAGUCGUGAAGCCAAAGUUGAAGCCGCUCGUCACGAGGAGGAAGAGGAGCUCAAACAUCGCUGCUCGAAUCAACGAAGGAAACAAACCGAAGAGUUUUAUCAGGUCGUUCGUCUCGAUGCUGGUUUUGUUUGUUGGUUGGCGGCCGGGUUGUAAAUAGCUUCUCGUGUACAUUUACCUUUCAUUUCAAGUCAUUUCUGUAUCAUACGAGGCAGGAUUUUCUGAUGUAUAAUAAAGUGCUUAAUAAAACAUAUUUGCUUUACUGCUGAGAAAAUGAA